AUGGCGUCACGAUCGUCAGUUCGUCCUAAACGUGACGGCGAGAACUUUGCGCGCACCCAUCAUCACGACGAGUCCGAUCCCGACUCAAAAAGAGUCAAGUUCGAUUUGCGCAACCCUUCUACUCUUGCACCUGACGCUCGCGAAGAAGAUGAUAUCCUUGAUGCCGAUGUUAUUGGAGGGUCGACAACCAAACGCGGAGCUGUCAACCUAGACGGUUAUGAUAGUGAUUCAGAUAACGACAACUCCAACAUACGCGCCGAGAAACGAAAACGAGACGAGGCUACGAAUACUGGAGCUAAAGCCACGGCUACUACAGCGGGCGACGAUGAUGACGACGACAUGUUUGCUGCGGAUGAUGGCGAUGAAGCCGGUGGAGAGGGAGGGGAGGUCCCCGAGGAAGACGAUCCCGACAGCACUGGCAAGAAGAACAAGGUUCGCUUCCUUGAUGCAGAUCAAAUUGAUGGUGUAGACAAUACCAGCAGAGACAAGGAAGGCAUUCGACUCGAUGAUGCAGGCAGCAGCGACGACGAAGCCGAUGUUGAGCUUGCCAGACAAGAAGAGGGUGUCGACGAUGAGGUCGGUAUGGGAGGACUCAAGAAAAACGCCCCCAAAGUCGAGGCUUUCAAUCUAAAGCAAGAGAUGGAGGAAGGUCAAUUUGACCAAGAUGGCAACUACGUUCGCAAAGGCGGCGAUCCCGAUGCAGUGCACGACAACUGGUUAGAGGGUCUCAGUAAGAAAGAGAUGAGAAAGGCGGCAGCGGCGCAUGAGAAGCGUGAGGCUGAGGCGCGCAAGCAGCGUCUGGAGGAUGACGAAAUUCUCGUAUCCGAACUGCUCAAGACUCUAAUACUCAACCUGGAACGUGCUGAGACGCCGCUCGAGGCUCUGGCCCGGCUCGGUAAAAAGCAAACCAAACCUAAGAAGAUUCCCAAGUGGAAGCUUAAGAAGAUGAACAAGGGCGCCGAGGGAAUGGAUGUCGACGGCGGAGAGGAAGCUGAGGAUCCGGAGCAAAAGAGGAUAAAGGCAUCCAUCGAUGCCAUCACGGAGGCAGCAGACAAGCUUUUGAGCCGGGAUCAUGAGGAGAUCUACGAACAAGAGAGGGAGCUGCUAGUCCGAGAAUAUCGCAAGGAGACAGGGGAGGAUUGGGUGGAACCAGCAAAGCAGGAUGAAGACGACGAGGGACAAAGGGCAGCGGUGAAGCCAGGGACGAUGUGGGAGUUUAGAUGGGCGGAUGGACGUGACGGGGAUUCCAAACAAGGGCCGUAUGACGGAGCCACGAUGAAAGCGUGGAAGGAUGCUGGGUACUUUCCAGACGGUGUGGUAGAAUUCCGGACUACGGAUGGUCAGGAUUGGACUUUACAGGUUGAUGCCUUCGAGUGA